ACACCUUAAGAAGGGAGCGCAGAUCUGCCUGUUUUGCCUUUGGUACCUCGACCUGGGCCUGAUGGAGAACACCCGCUGCUUCGCGAACCGCUUCUCCGACUACCGAGGCGCGCUGCUGCCGGGCCAGAGCGCCGAGGCCGUCCUCCCAGCCGUCGUUGCCAAAAUUGACAAGAUCCUAAAAAAGAUCCCGGUCGACAUCGGCGACUGCGAUGGAGGGCUCUACGACGGGCCGGCCGGAGUCGCUUACAUGCUGUACCACGUCAGCGAGUGCCCGCUGUUCUCCGAGCAGCGGGACGUCUACCUGAAGACGGCCAAGCGGAUCAUCGACGUGUCGGUGAGGUAUGCGGACUCGGAGCCUGACCAAAACAUGCGAGCCGCCUUCCUGCUCGGCGGGGCGGGCAUCUACGCCGUGGCCGCGAUGAUAUACAAGUCCCUGGGCUUGGCGGAUUUCGUGAAGCCGCUGACCAAGUUCCGGAACCUGUGGGAGGUGUGCGCGCCCAUCCAUUUCCUGGAGUGCGGCUCGGACGAGCUGUUCGUGGGGAGGGCGGGCUACCUGUGCGCCGCUCUGGUCCUGAAGCAGAAGCUGGGCAUCGAGAUUCUGAGCAAAGAUCAGAUCAAAUCUAUCUGCCAAGCCAUCAUCGAGUCAGGAAAGCAAUACGCCAGGAGGAAGAGGAAGCCUUUCCCUCUGAUGUAUUCAUACUAUGGAACAGAAUAUCUUGGUGCGGCCCACGGCCUCUCCUCGGUGCUGCAGAUGCUGCUCAGCUACCAGGAUGUCCUCAGCGGGCCGGAGAAGGACCUGGUGUGGCAGAGCGUUGACUUCCUCAUGACUCAGGAGCAGAACUGCAACUGGCCGGCAGAGCUGGGAGCAAUCAUCGAGAGGGAAAACGAGCUGGUGCACUGGUGCCACGGCGCCCCAGGCGUGGCGUAUCUUUUCGCAAAAGCCUAUCUGAUCAAUAAGAAGCCACAGUAUCUGGACACGUGUAUCCGCAGUGGGGAGCUCGUCUGGCAGAAAGGCCUGCUGAAGAAAGGACCUGGCAUUUGUCACGGGGUUGCAGGCAGCGCUUAUGUCUUCCUCCUGCUUUAUCGCCUCACAGGCAAUUCCAAAUACCUCUACCGUGCCCAAAGGUUUGCAGAGUUCAUCUUCACCGAGGAGUUUAAGGCGGGAUCCCUCUCGGUCACCAGCAUCUACAGCCUUUUCGAGGGCCUUUCCGGGACCGUUUGCUUCCUGGUCGAUCUCCUGCAACCAGACCAGUCAGAGUUCCCUCUGUUCAGCGUGUUUGUGUGAACGGAUCCAGCACCGCGUUGUUUCCUGACCAGAGCAGAUGCUAUCAUUUUUACAAUAGACGGAGUAACAUGCACUGUAAAACCGGGACAGUAUGCGAGUGGGUUUCAGUUGGAAUUAAAAAAAAAUAAAUUGAUGCAGUAGCACAGAAAGUUUUUGCUUCGUGUGGACGACAUUUUAAUCAGCUGAAAUGAGGCCUCACAGCCACUUUAACCUGAGAUACGUAUUUAUAAGUUUCCUUUGGAUUUCCCUUAUCUACAGAGUCUAAUAGAAUCUCCUCAGAUUUGCUUCAGCAUUAAAAAAAACCCAGCAGCUAACAUGCAUAAAAGAAAACAAAUUUGCUGAAUUUGUGAGUAAAUAUAGUGAAAAUGUUCUGAAAAAAUAUAUAGCUGCACAAUAUCUUAUUCAACAUAUUUACAUGAGUCAAAAAACAAUUAAAUCAGUCUGUAAACAAUGACAGCAUGCACAUUUUGCUGCAGCGCUAACGCAAGUCUGCAUAUAAACAGAAACAACAAAAAGGGAUUCAGCCUCAGCUGUUGGUAUUUGUUUUUAUCCCUAAGGCGUCUGUCAGUGAUAAAACAUUUCCCGUUGCUCCUGGUUGCGUAAAAUUACUCGUAAAUGGUAUCGCUAGGUAGGCUGUCAACAAACUACUCAGCUGAAACCAACUCAAAAACUCCAAUAACAUUUUUAAUAAUUUUUAUUUUCUCUCGCAGUAAUCUUUCAAAACAACAUUCGCAGUUUUAACUAAAAAGGAAAAGAAAAAAACUGAAGUGUGUGUACCCUUAAUCUCAGGACAGAGAUAAACAUGCACUAUCGACAGCCGAAAGGAAAUGAAAUCACGACUAAGUCACACAUACCCUCAAAUAUAUAUAUAAAAAAACACGAGUCACAUAAUGCCUUUGAAGUUUACACCAGCUAAGCAUCACACAAUGUAGUUAAUUUAAGUCUUUAGGGACAUAAUCUCUCAAUUUAAAUAGUUCAGGAAUAAAAACGUGGUUCAAUGACAUUAAGCUUUCAGAUUUACUGAUAUAUGUUAGAGGUACAGUCGGUAAAUGUUGAGAUUAAUAUCUGUUCAUUGUCGUAACAGCUUCCCUUUGUUCCGUUUCACCUGUGUGGCUGCUGUUUUUGGUGUUUCCGGCUCUGUUGGCCGCCGUGUCUCCACUUUGAAAUCGUAAGACGUUGUCAUUUGUUUCACCCUGUGGAAAACAAAAACAAUCUGUAACUUUGUGAAAGUUACCAAGGUCUGGUUUUCUUCUUAUUUUUCUUCUAAGUAAAUUCCAGAAGUGACUUUUUUUCCCCCCAGCUGUGUAACCGUCAAUAAUUGAUGUCUUUUAAUUGUCAUUAUGUGGCCUUACAAAAAUCAUUGUCAUUAAGUCUAAAAAUACAAAUGGAAGAUGCUUUGGUCAGCAUUUACUGUGUGAACAAGUGGCUCACGUCAUUAAAAAUAAAACAGCAAACCAAAGCAGUUUCUGAUGCUCCAUGUGCCUGUCGCUCCAUAUUUCUAGGCUACAUGAGUGAGUGAAUGUUGCUGCAUUUACAGUCUAAUCCACAGGAUUAUUGUUAAGUGUCCAGAUCAGAAAAUACAUAAACAAAAGGAGAUGGAUGCUUUGCUUUACUCUGUCAACACAUAAUCUUAAGCACAAUGACAUGCUGUAUAUGUGCUAAAGCAUAUUAAAGCGUGGUUUUGUCGAAAUAUGUUUCUGUAAUGUUCAUUGAAUAAAUAUAUGAAUGGCUCUUUAAAA